UUUGCUUACUACUAGUGUGAUUUGGUUUUUAAACACUUAAAGUAUUAGGCUUGGAAAUUUGUUGAUUCCAGAUACCAAUUUGUUACCCACUCAGUUCUUGCAAACUGUUUACUGUUUACCAUUAUUCUUUUUUACAAAAACGCCUCUCUUCCAACUUUCCAGGCCUAAAGUUAGCUAAGAGUCAGAGUAGGUUACUUUAUAGCUAGCUUAUACUGUUUUAAAAAGCAAGAUUUAGAUAAUAAUUGAAGAGAUAAUGAUUAUAUAAUGUUAUUUUUGUAAAUAUUCCAUUGUUUAGUAUGUAUAGCUAUAUCAUAAUUGCUGACGUAAACUAGAAAGGCAGAUAAUACACAGUCUAGGUAGGAAUGGUACUUUAAAAAUAAUAUGCAUUGGUUAAAAGUUUUGCAGCUUAUGUUAGACAAUAAAAUUAUUAGUGCAGUUUCGCUUGAUAUAUUUUCAGCUUUAAAAAUGAGUAUUAAAAAUAAACAAGUUUAUGAUCUUUUUUCUUCAUUGAAUGAAAAAAGCAUUAAAGAAGUAAGUGAUGGAUUUGUUUUACUUGGUGUUCAAAUAACAUGUCCAGAAAAAGCGUUAUAUACAAAAGUUAAAAGACUAGUAGAGAAAGUAAAUGGUCUGAAAAAAAGGAAAGCUAAUUCUGCUAUAGAAACUUUGUUGGAAGCUGAGUUUAGUGUUCCAGUGCAAAUUACCCCACAUCAGCGAUCUAUUGAUGCGGCUAGUUCUAGAAAUGAAGUUUUGUUUAAAGAGAAAAUGAAACAAUUAAAGGAGGAAAACAAAAGUUUAAAAAGAAAGUGCGAAAAUUUUCAAGAAUUAGAAAUUCAAUACAACACACAAGUCAAAGAGGUUAAGAAACUUAGUAACGAGUUAUUUGUAGCAAUGAAGGAUGAAAAUAAGUUGACAGCAGAAUAUCGUCGUAUAAAGAACAAUUAUCUUGAAGUAGAGGAAAAACUUAGAAAUGUGGAAUUGAAAUUUAAAGAUAAUAGCAAAGCGAGGGCAGAUAAAUUGAGAAAUUUAUCAAAGAAAAUUAAAAACAGAGAUGAUAAAAUUAAUAAAAUGGAAUCAGAAAUAGCUGAAUUGAUAUCUGGUACUGAGAAUAAAAGUGAUGAGUUGGAUGACAUGAAAGUAAACUUGAACAGACUCAAUGAUAAAUUAGAAAACAGUGAAACUAUAGUUGAUGAUCUGCGGAAUGAGAAAGCAAAACUGAAAAGAAAGACGCACAGUUUGUUGUUAAAAAUUGAAAACCAGAAAAAAUUGAUUGACCACAAAGAAGUGAAUGAUAUGAAGUGUUUAAAAAGUGAUUAUGACAAACUCUGUACAAACAUGAAGCAACUUACUGAAGAAAAUCGUGAUUUGCAAAUGCUCGUUUCGUUAUUAAACGACAAUGAAAUUGUAACAUUUGAAGGUGGUCGUUAUUCAGACGAAAUAAGAGAAGUUGUUAUGGAAUUACUUUCCUUGAAUGUCAGCAUGGGAAAGGUAAAUGAUGUGAUCAAGGUUGUACUUGAAAAACUUGCAAAAAAAAGGGUUGACAGGUUGCCUUCACAAGGUUUAAAAAGUCAUUUAAUGCAAGAAGCAUUAAUUUUAGCACAAUUACAGGUUGCAGAAGCAAUGAUUGAUAAUGACAAGGAGGCGUUUGGUAAUUGUUUACAUGGAGAUGGUACAUCAAAAUACCAUAAACAUUAUCAAAAUUUUCAGAUUACAACAUCGAAAGGAAAAACUUUAACAUUUGGAUUAUCAGAAGUUGCAGGUGGCGAUGCGGCAAUAGUAAUGAAAAAUUUUACUGACACAAUUGAUGACAUGUGUGACAUUCUGAAAGAAUGUGACAAGGAUGCAAAUUUUUCCCGGCUUGUCACAUCAAUCAAAUCUACAAUGUCGGAUCUUGGCCCUAUUAAUCCUUUAUUUAACUCACAACUGAAAUCUUUAAGGGAAAAAUUAUUACCAAAUGUUGUAGAAAACUGGAAUUAUUUAAGCGAAACACAAAAAACGGACAUGACCGAUAUGGGAAAUUUCUUUUGCAAAUUACAUCUUCUGGCAAAUUUUGCCUCAGAGGCAGAUAAAGUUCUGCAUUCAUUUGAGAGAAUGGUCCUCUGUGAUGACUAUGAAACAGUAUUUGCCUUCAAUAGUGCAAAAGAAUCUUCUGCUUCUAGAUUAGUGCGUACAGCUUGUAAAGCUUUUCAUGUGCGUGGAAGUGACGAAUGUGGAGUAGCAUCGUAUUUUAACUCGUUUUUAGCUGGUCGCAAUCAGAAAUCUUACUUUGUACCAUUUAUUGGAAAUCGUUUUAACAUAUUGUUUUAUAACGCUGCUGCAUUAUAUUACCAUCGUGAUGCAGUCGUAUCUUUUCUUUCAUCAUGGCCUGAUCCUAAUAAUUUACUGAAAGCUGUAAAUGAAGACGUAUCAAAUAAGUUGUUUCUUAGUGAAGUCAGAGCACUUGGCAUUAUUGAUAAAUUAUUGACUGGUCCAUUGUGGCGAUUAAUAGAGUCUUGUGAAAGUAUCCUCGAAAUAAAUCCAUACCUGUUACAACUUAAAGUCAAACUAUCUGCACUCUGCAACAAUUGUUCAUCACUUCUAUCUGGCAGUCAUAUUUUCCAAGAGGAUGGUAUUAUUGUACACAACAAAGAUGAAUUAUUUAUCAAGCUAUUUGAGGAUACAGGUGAUGAUGAAUUGGAUAUUCUAACACAGCAAGCCCUUGAAAUUAUUUGCCAUGCAAUUCUCAUCAUCUUAGAGCGUCAAUGUAAGGAUCAACUGCCUGGAGGAAAGUACUGGAGCCCCAGUCAGAUAAUAAAGGAGACGUCAUCAAUUGUACCAGUAACCAAUAAGGCUUCUGAAAGUGACUUUGCAAUUUUGGAUUUGUUAGUGAAAACGAAGCCAAGUGCCAAUGUUGAAACAUUGCAGGCUUUAACCAUGUGGUCGCGUAACAAAACACUUGAUUGGUUUGAACAGAAGUCUUAUGAUGAGAAAAAAAGUAUGAUGGAAUCAGCCAGACAUAAUGUGGAAAAAAUGAAGGCGAAGUAUAAAUCAAGGAGAAAAGAACUGUUGGAGGAGAGGAAAAGGAAAUUGCUUGCUAAACAAGAUAUGAAAAAGAAAGCUGAAGAGAAAAUAGCAUUGAAGAAAGUGGAAGCUUUUAACAAAUUGCUUGAGCUAAAUGUCCAGGCUUGGAUAUCUGUUGAUGAACUGAAAAAAAACAUCAUGGAUAUAUCAUCACAAAAACGUGCAGAAGUUUUGCUAGCGCAAAUGAAUUUUUACAGGCAUGUUAUGCCUUUCAAAUGCAAUUCCAAAUUGUUUAACAAAACAAAACAGAGUGGAAACAAAAGAGUUGAUUUGUCUUGGGAAGAGCUUCUUGAAAACUUUGUUAAAAUCAUGCAUGUAACAUUUUCAUCAUCUGCAGAAAAGGUAACAAAGGAUAACCUGAAGUCGAAGGAAGAUAGAGAUGAAGUAGUUGCAACCCAAAAAAAGGAACUGAUGGAAAAGAUCAAGAAAGAAAGGAUGAAAAAACUGUCUGAACAACAAAAAAGCAACAAACUCCCUUCCUUCAUCAAAGACCCUGAUUGUUUAGUUGGUUUACACAUACGGCAUCAUUUAAAGGAAGAAGAUGAAGAGGAUGCAUAUUGGUGUAAAGGGGAAAUUCUAAGUGUAGCAAAACGACAUUCCAAUCCUAAACGCACGUUGUUUAAUGUAGUAUAUGAGUCAGAACCUGAGACAGUUUGGAGUUUUCCAAUAAUUUUAGAUUUUGAGAAGGGAGACGUUAUUAUGUUAUCUUAGAAUAUAGUUAGUUAUAGUAUAGUUAUAUAUUUGAGGGAAGAAAUUUUUGUGGUAAUGUAUUUCGUUCAAACCGUGGAACUUUUUUAUGGCAAAAACUUCUUCCUUUGAGGAUCAUUGUUUUGUCAACUUGUGACAUGUGGUAUAUAUUGUUCUAUUAAAACAUUUAGCACUUAUGGUAGCUUAAUAUUUUGCGUUCUUUUUUUU